AUGGCGGCGCAGUACAUGCUCGCUGUGGUGAUCGCAGCACUCUCACUCUUCAACACGAUCUCUGCCCAAUUCGUACAGCCUCCCACAGAUCUCAAGACGACCAAGGGCUACCUUGACAUCCCCGUGCGAUACAAACAAGUCCCAACAGGCACCUGCGAAACCAAUCCCAACGUUAAGAGUUUCACUGGCUAUGUCGACGUGCAGGAGGACGAGCACAUCUUCUUCUGGUUCUUCGAAGCGCGCAACGAGAAGCCUGAAAAUGCUCCUUUAACUGUCUGGAUCAACGGAGGACCGGGAUCGUCGUCCAUGAUCGGUUUGUUCCAAGAGCUUGGUCCAUGCUCGGUGGACUCAAAUGGCACCGUCGUCAAUAACCCCUACGCUUGGAAUAAUGCCAGCAACAUGAUAUUUAUCGAUCAGCCGGCGACUACGGGGUUUUCUUACACCAAGUUGGUGCCUGGUUACGUGGAUCCAUCUACCGAGUCUCUGGUGGCGCUUCCUAGCAACGAGUGCCCGGAAUAUGCGCAAGCAUAUGGCACCUGUGGUACCUACUCGGCAGCCAACGUCACCCUAACUGCCAACACAACCGGAUCAGCUGCCGAAAAUUUCUACCGUACGCUGCAAGGCUUCAUGGGCGCGUUCCCGCAAUACUCGCGCGAGGACUUCCACUUUGCGACCGAGUCGUACGGCGGUCACUACGGUCCAAUCUUCAACAAGUACAUUGAAGAGCAGAAUGCGCACCGCUCAUCGAAGGCGCACAAGAUCAAGCUCAAAUCGGUCAUGAUCGGUAACGGAUGGUACUCACCUGAGGUACAAUACGCCGCAUACUACAACUUUACCGUGUCGCCCGGAAACACGUACGACUACCGACCCUUCAACUCGUCGGUUGAGCAUAUGAUGUACAACAAUCUGUUUGGCCCAGGCAAUUGCCUGGAUCAGAUCCGGGACUGCUAUUCGACCGGAACGAACCAGGCCUGCAGCACGGCCGACACCUUCUGUGCUGACAACGUCGAGUCGAUCUUGGACCUUUACGCCAAUCGAGACGAGUACGAUAUUCGGGAGCUUUCGCCGGAUCCUUUCCCAUACAGCUUCUACAUCGACUACCUCAACACGCCCGCUUUCCAAAAGGCGAUCGGGGCGUUCCAGAACUUUAGCGAGAGCUCUUCGACCGUCUCGAAUGCUUUCAGUAACACGGGCGAUGACGGUCGCGAAGAAGGGACGAUCGAGGAUGUGCGUGCGCUGUUGGACCAGGGAGUACAGGUGGUCAUGUAUGCGGGCGACGCCGACUACAACUGCAAUUGGUUGGGCGGUGAGGUCAUUGCUGAGCAAGUCCAGCACAAAGGCUUCGACCAAGCUGGCUAUCAAGACCUUGAAACCUCGGAUGGCGUAACGCACGGCCAGGUGAAGCAGAGCGGCCAAUUCUCAUUCGUUCGUAUCUACGAGAGUGGCCACGAGGUUCCAUUCUACCAGCCGCUGGCAUCACUAGAACUGUUUCAGAGGGUGCUUAAAGGCACAGAUCUGGCAACGGGAAAAGACAAGAUUUCUCGAGAUAGCACGUACAAGACCAUCGGGCCUGCCAAGAGUACAUACCGUGAAGGGAACGGUACUGUUCAAUUCGAGGUGCUGCCUCCCGAUGCGACUUACAACACCACCUUAAAUGCGCCCAACAAGAGCAAUCAGGCACCGAGAGAUGCCACCGUACAAGAAGCGUACAGAUUUCAGCGCGUGGGCGAAAUGCUGCGCUCGCGAUACAGUUUCCAGCGAACCUUCAUGCUUUGA